CGAUACUUGCUCCUAACCUCCGUCUCCGACGCGUCUCUCAACCGGCAUUCCGUUCGUUGCAACUCACACAAGAUACACCCACGAUUUACCUUCGACUGAAAGAUGUCAGCGCAAACGCAGAGUGGAGACUUCGAUAUCUACGCUACUUUCCAGCAAUUCCUGCAAGAUGAAGAAAUAUCACCGCCACUAGCAGCCAUAUCUGCGCUAGCCGAGGCUAUCGUAAGAUCGAAUGCUGGUACCAUGUUCGAGCUCGUGCAGGCUUUGAACGACGGCGCAGAGGAGCUCAAGAGGAGGUCACCAAAUCCCAUAAGCCUGAAUGCGGGCUGUGAGCUCUUCAUCGCUUUCGUGACCCUCUUCCCACACGAGUCCGAUAACUUCGCCGAGCUGAAGAAGGAGCUUGAGCAGCAAGGCCGAAAAUAUGCUGCAGAGGCGCUCACAUUCCGUGAUAAAAUCGCCGAGCUCGCCCUCGGCUUCAUCAAAGACGACUCCGUAAUUCUCACGCACUCUCACUCGCGCGUCGUCCUUAAGGCGUUGCUCCAUGCUCACAAGACAAAGCGGAUAUCUGUAUAUGUGACGGAAUCUCGGCCCCGAGGACUUGGACUGAAAACAUACGAAACGCUUACUGCGGCCGGUAUUCCUUGCACCGUAGUCCUUGACUCCGCGGUGGCCUAUGUGAUGGACAGGGUGGACUUCGUCCUCGUCGGCUCGGAAGCAGUCGUAGAGAGCGGUGGGUUGAUCAACUAUGUGGGCAGCAACCAGAUGGCCAUCAUCGCCAAGGCGGCCAACAAACCAUUUUACGCACUAGCAGAAAGUUACAAGUUUCACCGCUUGUUCCCGCUAUCGCAGUACGAUCUCCCAACCCACAACCCUAACAUCCUAUCGUUUCCUACUCCAAUCGGACGGUCAGCUGGUACGGACGACGCACCAUCAACGAGCACGCCGGACAUCAUCACGAAACAGCCAGCCAGGUUGGGGACGUCAUCGUCGAGCACCGAACGGGCGAUGAAUCAGGAACAGAUAGCAAAGAACCCCGGCGUUGACUAUACACGACCGGACCUUAUAUCGCUCGUCUUUUCGGACGUAGGGAUUCUUACGCCAGAGGGCGUCAGCCAGUAUCUUGUUGGGAUGUUCGCCGGCUGAUGUAUAUCCGACGUUGGGACGAGAUCUGUCGAGACGAUAGAGUUUGCGAUAAGCUUCGAAAACUCAAUCAUGGGAUAGCGCGAGUGCAGUAUUUCUC